AUGUCCAAGAAAGCCAUCAAUGUCCGCGUCACCACGAUGGAUGCCGAAUUGGAGUUUGCCAUCCAAUCGGCUACCACAGGCAAACAACUUUUUGAUCAGGUCGUGAAGACCAUUGGGCUCAGGGAGAUUUGGUAUUUUGGUCUUCAAUAUACAGAUAAUAAAGGCUUUCCAACAUGGCUGAAAUUGAACAAAAAGGUUUUGAGCCAGGAUGUCAAGAAAGAUAACACUUUGCUAUUCAAAUUCCGUGCUAAGUUCUAUCCAGAAGAUGUAGGAGAGGAAAUCAUCCAAGACGUCACGAUGCGUCUUUUCUACUUGCAAGUUAAAGAAGCUAUUCUUUCCGAUGAAAUAUACUGUCCACCUGAAUCUUCUGUACUGUUGGCUAGUUUCGCCAUGCAAGCCAAAUAUGGGGAUUACCAAGCUGAUACCCACAAGCCUGGUUGUCUGACUGCCGACAGAUUGCUUCCUCAACGUGUUGCUGGUCAAUUCAAAUUGUCUGCCGAUGAAUGGGAACAUCGCAUUAUGACUUGGUGGAACGAUCAUAAAGGCACUAACCGUGAACAAGCUAUGCUCGAAUAUUUGAAAAUCGCUCAAGAUUUGGAGAUGUAUGGAGUCAAUUAUUUCGAAAUUAAAAAUAAGAAAGGAACUGAGCUCUACUUAGGAGUUGACGCUUUAGGUCUCAAUAUUUAUGAGAAGUCUGACCGUCUCUCGCCCAAAGUCGGCUUCCCUUGGUCCGAAAUCCGCAAUAUUUCCUUCAAUGACAAGAAAUUCGUCAUUAAACCGAUUGACAAGAAAGCUAACGAUUUCGUCUUCUACGCACCAAGACUUCGAAUCAACAAGAGAAUCUUAGCUCUGUGUAUGGGUAAUCAUGAACUUUACAUGAGAAGAAGAAAGCCUGAUACCAUCGAAGUCCAACAAAUGAAGCAACAGGCCAGAGAUGAAAGAGCUCUGAAAAUCGCUGAACAAGAGCGCCUCAACAAGGAAACAUCUGCUCGUCAACAAGCUGAAGCUCGCCAACGUGAAGCCGAACAGCAUAUGCAACAAAUGAAGGAUGAAAUGGAAAGAGCUAAGCGCGACUUGCAAGAAGCCCAAAACACGAUUGUCGGUCUCGAAAGCCAACUUCGUCAACUCCAGAAAGCAAAGGACGAUCUCGAACGUAAGGAGAUGGAGCUUCGUGAUUUGACUUCUCAACUUCAAUCCGAAAAAAUGAUGAGCGAUGAAGAACGCAUGCGACUCCGUGAGGAAGUUAAUCACAGAAAAGAAGAAGUUCAUGCUAUGCGCCAUGAAGUUGAAAGACAAACUGAAGCUAUGUCUAUUCUCCAAAAGGAGGUUGAUAAUAACAAGCAUGAGCAUCAUCAUCACCAUCAUCAACACAUCAGUCAUUCCACUAUCCUUACCCGUGAGGAUAACCAUACCGAUGAGGACGAGAAUGGACAAACUGAUUUAACAAACGAAGCUGAUCAACAUGUUCCUCAGCGAGAAUUGGAUCGUGUGACAACAGCAGAACAGAACUUGAACAUUAAGAACAAAUUAGAGCUUCUUACCAGAGAAUUGGAAGGUGUUAAAGACCAGAGUGGAGUAACUGAUUAUGAUGUUCUACAUAUGGAAAAUAAAAGAGCUGGUCGAGAUAAGUACAAGACUUUACGACAAAUCAGAGGAGGAAACACCAAGCGCAGAAUUGACCAGUAUGAGAAUAUGUAA